CUGCUGGUGAUAUUCCAUGUCGCGUUCUCCCAUCAACAAAUCAGCCCUUUGGCUUUUGGAGUAAAUCUUGCUCUGCUUUGAAAUCCUUCAUGUUCACAACAGUCGAUUAAAAAUGGUCAUCUCUGUUGGUUUGGUCUUCUAGGGACAUAUAAGAGACCGACUGUCCGUUGAAGAAACUCCUCUUCUCAGAUUCACAACUCCCACUCAGCCCACUUGUUCUCUACAUUACCCUGUCUCAACCACAACACCUCCAACAUGGCAGCACCAGCAAACCAAGCCGCAUGGAUCGUCAAAGCCGGAGCCCCUCUAGAAGUAGGAGACGCUCCAUUGCCCACAGCUGGCCCUGGCGAGAUCGUCGUCAAGAAUGCUGCUGCUGCCAUCAACCCGCUGGACUGUCAUAUGCAGGACUCCGGGGUGUUUGUGCAGCAGUUUCCCGCCAUCUUAGGCUGCGACGUGGCCGGCGAAGUGUAUGAAGUUGGCGCGGACGUGCAGCGAUUCAAGAAAGGAGAUCGCGUCAUUGGACACACCAUCAACCUUGUGACUGGUCGUCCUCAAGAUGGGGCUUUCGCGCACUACUCAGUCGUUUCCGUCGACAAGGCCGCUAUCCUCCCAGAUAAUAUCCCAUUCACCGACGGUGUCGUCGUCCCUUUUGCCCUGGAGGCCGCCGUGUGUGCAUUAUGCCUGCAAGAGCCGGGGGUCGCCAUGCCAGGCGUCUCGACUCCCGCUCUGGGUCUGCCGUAUCCCUCCCUGAAAGACACUGACACGGCGCUUCCUCCGGGCAAGAAAACGCUCAUCAUCUACGGCGGCUCAUCUUCCGUCGGCUCCAUGGCCACACAGUUCGCGACAGCGAUGGGAAUCCACGUCAUCGCCAUCAGCGGGGCGCACAACUUCGUGUUCAGCCAGCGCUGCGGCGCGAUCGAAGUACUAGACCACAAGGACACAGCGGUAGUCGAGAAAGCCGUGCAAGCGGUGCGUCGGCUGGGUGAGUCUGAAUUCAUCGGCAUCUUCGACGCUAUCGCCACGCCUGAGACGUACGCGCAUGAUCGUGUGAUCCUGGAGCGUCUGGGCGGCGGACACCUGGCUUGUGUGCAUCCUCCGCCUGCGAUGGCGGAUCUGCCGGUGAAUGUGAAGGCGGGGAUGAUUUUCGCGGUCAAUGAUGUCGCUGCGCCGGUUUGGAGGGACUUUGUGACUCCUGCGUUGAGGACGGGCAGGCUUCAGUGUCUCCCGCCACCGGUGGUUGUUGGAAAGGGGCUGGGAUGUGUUCAAGAUGGACUGUACCUGUCCAAGGCUGGGGUUAGUGCGAGGAAGUUGGUGGUGGAAUUCUAGGUGGAGUCUUAGAAGAGAGCUUUCUAGCUUGACGGGCUGGUUUGGGAUUUAUUCUUUUUUCAUCCGAAUAUGUCAUGGCUAUCGCUUAGGGCUAUUGGUUUGAAGUUCGGCCAGCUGGUCAAAACAACAGAAAUUGUUUAGUUUGAC